AUGGGUUAUGCAACUCCAUUAUCAUCUCAACCUCAGAGGAUCGAACAUAUAUGGAGCCUAUAUGAGGGUUUGUUAUUGAGGAGCAUUACGUUUCCUUCCAUAAUUGAUGCUAUUGUAAUGGAUCUUGGGGAGCAUGUGUUCUAUGCUGGUGGCCGAGAUGGCAAAAUAUAUAUUGCAGCGCUAAAUGCUGAAUGCAACCGCAAUAGCAUACACGGGAUGUUCAUCAUUGGUGCCUUGUAUGAUCACAGGUCUCAAUAUGCUACUCUAAAAUCCUCAAAAACCCCUUCUUUCUUUGGCGGCGCCUCUUCGCCACCGUUGGAAGUGGUGAUCGCCUCCUCCCCGGUGGACGUCGGCUUCGGUUGUUGGGACCUACGCUCGGGCUCCGAGCAGCUCCGGUACCGCUCAUGCUCCUCCGCUCCACAUGGCCUCCUCUCCAUAGCCGGCCGCUUUCUCGCUUCCUCGCAGCUCCGCGAUUCCCCUUCCUCCGCCUCUUGCCCCAUUUUCUUCUGGUCCUGGGAUAAGCCUCAGGUGGAAGUUAGGAGCUUCCCGGUUGAGCCGAUUGGACCGCUUGUUUCCAAUUCAGAAGGCACUUACAUCAUGGGAGGAGGACCAUCCGGCAUCAUCUACCAAUGGGAGGUUGCUAGUGGGAAAUUGCUCACAUGGUGGCAUGCACAUUAUCGGUCUGUCACCUGUCUCACUCUCUCCAAGGACGAGUCUUUGCUAAUAUCAGGGUCUGAGGAUGGCUCUGUGAGAGUUUGAUCCCUUAUGAUGCUUCUGCUGGUGUUCUUUAUAGAUAUAGCUUUUCGGAACAUGCUUUACGUGUCACUGAUGUUGUUACGGGACAUGGGUUAUGCAACUCCAUUAUCAUCUCAACCUCAGAGGAUCGAACAUGUAAGAUAUGGAGCCUAUAUGAGGGUUUGUUAUUGAGGAGCAUUACGUUUCCUUCCAUAAUUGAUGCUAUUGUAAUGGAUCUUGGGGAGCAUGUGUUCUAUGCUGGUGGCCGAGAUGGCAAAAUAUAUAUUGCAGCGCUAAAUGCUGAAUGCAACCGCAAUAGCAUACACGGGAUGUUCAUCAUUGGUGCCUUGUAUGAUCACAGGUCUCAAUAUGCUGUUAGUCAGUUUUGAUAAUCACUUAUAUACAUGUAUAUAUUUACCAACAAUUGUGUUUUGUGUGUUCUGGCAAAUUUCUAUGAAGAGACUAUACUGUAUAUAUCUAAUUUGUGUUCUUAGAUAUAUCAGAGGUUUGUUGUAUU